CGCUACAUUCAAUAAAGAAUUUGUAACGCCACUCAAGUCUUUUAAUGCAUUGAGAGGUUCGCGUUAGUUCUUGGUGUAGCUCUCUCUCCCACAAACAUAUUAUCGCUGGUUUUAUUAUUGCUUUUACCUCCUGGCCUGUAAAAUUAUUAAAGUGUGAAAUGAGUGAACGAAUUAAACUUUAUGUCGGCUCAUUGCCAUUUGACACCCGUGGUCCAGAUCUUGAGGAAAUGUUUUCAAAGUAUGGGACUCCUUAUGAUGCUCAUGUUGUAAUGGAAAAAGAAGAUCCGAAUCGUUCCAGAGGAUUUGGAUUUGUUGAGUUUGAAACAAAAGAAGAAGCUGAUGCUGCAAUUGCUGGACUUAAUGAAACUCCCUUGGGUCAUCGACAUAUUAUGGUUCAGCAUGCAGGACAACCUGCAAGCGGGAAACCUCCACAGCGUCGUGGCAGAGGUGGCGGCGGUGGUAGAGAUGGUGGUAGAGGUGGCGGUCGUGGUGGUAGAGGAGGUGGUGGUGGUCGUGGUGGUAGAUCUGGAGGUGGUAGAGGAGGUGGUGGCGGUGGUGGUAGAGGGGGACGCAGUGGUGGUGGUGGAGGAAGAGGAGGAGGUGGUGGCGGUGGACGAGGUGGUAGUAGAGGAGGAGGACGUAGUAAUAGCUAUGACAGUGGUGGUUUUGGUGGGGGAAGGGGUGGAAGCAGAGGCUUUGGUGGUCGUGAUGGUGGCGGAAGAGAUGGUGGAAGAGAUAAUCGUGGUGGUGGUGGUUUUGAAAGCAGAGGAGGUAAUAGGGGAUUUGAUGAUGGGCGUGGUGGUGGUCGUGGCGGUGAUUAUGGAAGAGGUGGAGGUAAUUAUGGUGAUAACUCUGGUGGAUAUGGUCAGUAUAGCCCGCCACAAGGAGGUUAUAAUGGAGGAGGUCGAGGUGGAGGGUAUGGUGGUGGUGGAUAUAACCAAAGUGGGUCACAUCCCGGAGGAGGUUAUGGUGGUGGUGGAGGGUAUGGAGGUCAUCAAGGAGGUGGUGGAGGGUAUGGACCAGACUCAAAACGUGAUUGGUAUUGAGUCCUCGAAUUGUUCAAUAUGCAUGAAGUGGUCUAACAACAAUUAUGCCUUGGUCUAUAUAUCUGCAUUCCAUUGCCUUACGAAUAUUGAGGUCCCUGUAUAUAUAUGUGUCGCCCAGCUGAUGAACUAUUUACUCUUAGCAGAGGAAUAUAUUUCCUAUAAGAGAUGAACUUUUAAAAUGUUUUAAUGUUUAUAAUGCAAGUAUUGUGAUUGACCUGAACAAUCUGUGUGUUAAUUUGAUUUUAAUAAAUGUUAAAAAAGUUAGAACCUUUUCCUAAAUGUUCACAUAAGUUGUCAUAAACAAUAUAUGUAAUGCAAUACAUAAAAAAGUAAACCAGCAUGCAUGCCUGUUACUUUUAAUCAAGUCUGUUUUACAAAGAUAAUUUAAUCUUCACCAGAAAUCAUCAGGAAUCAAAAAACUUGCAGCAAAAUUUUUUUUUUAAUUUUUUGUGUUAGAAGUGUAAAUAUACCGUCUUAAGGUGUGUUAUCUGUAUAUGUAUAGAUGAAUAUAUUAAAAUUAAUCAA